GCAAAAUCCGAUAAAGAGUCCAACAUUAAUGGAAAGCAGCCCUUUAAGCGUUGCCAUUUUUAGUAAACACGCUUUUCUAAACGGUUAUCUAUCCCAUUCCCAAUAUACGGCAAUGGUAACGUUGACUGAAAAUUUGAUGAUGGUGACUCCGUUCGAUGGGAUCAUUUAUCUAAGGACUACGCCCGAAAAUUCGUAUGCACGUAUGCUGGAACGCGCCAGAUCGGAAGAAUCGCUCAUAACGCCAAGUUAUUUAAAACAGCUGUACGAAUUGCACGACUUGUUUUUAAUGGGACGAGAUGACGUUUUUGUUUUUGAUGGCGACUUGAAACUUGAACAACAAUCUCAGGAAAUUUGUCGUUUAGAACAAUGGAUGGUGUACAGAACAAGUUCUCUGUAAUAAAACUAUUCGUACAUUUUAUAAGGAACCUAUGUUUUUAUUGAUCCUAUCAUCAGCAUUGUUUCUCGUUCUCUUUUAUAGUCUUAACCGAUUAUCUACCUUUGAUCCAGCAAAAUUUAACAGCGCCCAAACAUUCAAAAUUAUGGCCAACAAACCCGUUGAUCGAAAUGAUCAGAUAUUAUCUUACGGUAAGUUAUCGACAUAUGCUCAACAAAACGAAAGCGAUUGGCUGUUAAAGAUGCGCUAUAUCUGGCUUAAAAGAUAUAACAAGGUAACUGAUUUCAAAAUUGCAAAAUUGCUCGAAAGAGCAUCAGAGACAGAUCUUUGGUUACCGGAAUGGACCGAUUGACGAAAAAACGACAUUAACAGUUUGAUGUGUUCGCUGCUAGCCUCGUUAUGCAAAAGUUUUGUUGACAAUACGAGUGCCUUUUUUCAAAACAAAAAGCUCGGCAAUUUAUUGAAGAGCGUCGUUACGGCAAUACAUGAAUACAAAAUACAGCCAGAAAAUCAAGCCAAUUGGUACACGACUUGUUAUACAUAUCCAUCGUUGUUGCUUUCAAUGUAUAUCGACUUACAGAUAGUUUCUUCCAUAUACGAUUCUAAAUAGUUAUAUGAGUUCAUUUCCGACAUAGAAGUGCUUAUAAAAACGCCAACAAAGACACGCAAGUCAAAACGCACUUCGUAC